AUGCAAGCAACCGCGAAUAAUCUAGAUGACAUUGCAGUUCUCCAUGAUUUGGAUGCAAUUAUAGCUGACCUGGAAGGUGACGGAAUUCAACUGACUCAGAUGACAACUGACAUAGAACUCCAGGAGUUCAUCCAAAUUAGACCUGCUGAAGCUGCCGUGUUGGAAAAUACAAUGGAUAAUCACACAACAGCGCCGCUUCCAGCAGUGAAGGCUCACAUCUUGCCUUCAAAAUCGUUAAACCAGAUGAAGCACGUAAUUGAAAGAACAAAGAAAACCACCACCAAGCAGCCGAUCAGUCAAACUGCUAUAAAUGCUUUCAAAGAAAGUAUAAUGCAAAUCAGAAAUCCAAAAUACCGAGCGACAAUUGGCAGUGGAAAUGGAUGA